AUGGGAGAGCUCGGAAGAUCGAUCGAUUCAGAGAUGAUGAACGAGUCAUCGUCUUCCUCUGCUAGUAAUUGUAGUCAUUUGUUUGUUGGUCACGGAAUCUGCCUCGCCUGUAAAACAAAGGUGAGCUGUGUCGAAGGCCAACCAUUCGGUUAUCUCUUCCCCGGUUUAUGUUUGAGCCGCGAAGCUGUAUCUGUUACAAAGCAUCUCACAACCCUAAUCUCAGUUUACGGACAUAGGAAGCUUCACUUAGUCCUUGACUUGGACCGCACGCUAAUCCACUCCAUGAAGACUACAAAUCUUACUAAAGCAGAGAAGUAUCUUAUCAAAGAAGAGAAAUCAGGUUCAAGGAAAGAUCUGCGGACCUAUGACGGUAGAUUAAUAAUUAAGUUGCGACCUUUUGUUGAAGAGUUCCUUAAAGAAGCCAACAAGCUGUUUACUAUGUUUGCUUACACAAAAGGCCGUUCGAGUUACGGUCACGCUGUUGUGAGGAUGAUUGAUCCAAACAAAAUCUAUUUCGGGGAUCGAGUGAUAACUAGGGAAGAGAGUCCUGGCACGAAGACACUUGAUCUUGUCUUAGCUGAUGAACGUGGAAUCGUUAUUGUGGAUGAUAAGCUAGAUGCUUGGCCUCAUCAUCAGAGAAACUUGUUGGAGGUCACAAAAUACUUCUAUUUCAGAAACGAUCACAAAUACACUAAACCAUCUUACGCAGAGAGGAAGAGUGACGAGAGUAGAAGCAAAAGAGUAUUGAUGAAUCUUCUGAAAUUCCUGAAGCAAGUUCAUAAUGGAUUCUUUACCUGUGGGCUUGAAGAUGAGUUAGAUUUUAAGGACGUUAGGUGCUUGAUUAAAGGUCCCUUUAAACCACCUGGAUGCUAAAUUUUUGAACUUUUUACCAAUUGAAUAAAGGUAUGGAUUUUUAUCAUUAC